UCAAUGAAGUGCAAUCAUAUUGACGUUCCAAAAUCGAAUCAUCACAAUGACUUCCUUGACGAAACAGUCGUCAAACCAGACCUCGCUAUUUCAAGUCUACCUGAGACUCCGACCUCCCAUCACAAAGGAAGAAGCAGCUCAUGCACACCGUGGCGAACGAUAUCUGACAGUUGAGCCCCCUGAACCCACAGAAGAUGACAAUGCAUCAAAGACACAGAGCCGCCGCCCCACGCAUAUUACUUUACAGCCGCCAAAUGAUUCACGAAAGCGGGCAGUCGAGAAAUUCGCCUUUACCAGAGUUUUUGAAGAGGAUUCAAAACAACUCGAGGUUUUUGAGAAUACAGGCGUACCCAGUCUGAUCCAAGGUGUUCUGAAAGAAGGUCGAGAUGGACUGGUUGCUACACUCGGGGUUACUGGUAGUGGAAAAAGCCAUACUAUCCUGGGAUCAAAGCACCAACGCGGAAUAACACAAAUGUCCCUUGAUGUUCUCUUUCGAUCUCUUGGUAAUACCAUACGUUCCGCGGAUAAUUUUGAAGAUCCGACUCUUCUUGCCUCUCUAAGUGCAGCAGAUUCGUCGGAGGCUCAAUUAUUUUCUGCUCGAAACUUUAUUCACAGUAUAUAUGGCGACCCCAGUGAGCGAGGGCGAGCUUCCAGAGCACAGACUCCAAUGUCUAGGGGCCAAACUCCGCUACUAGAAUCGACUUCGGCACCAUUACUAUCCCGGCGUUAUUUGAAUCAGCGCCUCAACGCUUUACCGUCCGUGCCCCAUGUGUCCCAUCUGACCAUACCGAUAGAUACACAAGCGGAAUACGUGGUUGUUGUCUCCAUGUACGAAGUCUACAAUGACCGUAUCUUUGACCUACUCUCCCCAUCACCAGUCUCUGGUACCGCAAGCCGACAAGGAAACGGCAAAGAGAAACGAAGACCUCUACUUUUCAAAUCUACAGAAGGCUCACCAGACCGCAAAAUUGUUGCUGGCUUGCGUAAAGUCGUGUGUAGCACAUACGAGGAAGCUAUGACGGUCCUAGAAACUGGUCUGACUGAACGCCGCAUUGCUGGAACCGGAAGCAAUAACGCCAGUUCUCGAAGUCAUGGAUUUUUCUGUCUUGAAGUGAAAAAGAAAGUCCGUGGCCGUCGAUAUGGAGAGAUUUCAUGGGCCGGAAAUACUUUGACGGUGGUAGACCUUGCUGGCUCUGAACGUGCGCGCAAUGCUAGAACAGCUGGUGCGACAUUGGCUGAAGCUGGCAAGAUCAACGAGAGUUUGAUGUAUCUCGGCCAAUGUUUGCAGAUGCAAAGUGACUUCUCCGAGGGAAAUAAGAACAAGACCGUGGUUCCAUACAGACAAUGCAAGCUCACUGAGUUGCUAUUUUCAAACUCUUUCCCAUCUUCCCACUCGGCAUCUCACAACCGCUAUCCACAGAAGGCAGUCAUGAUUGUUACCGCCGAUCCAUUGGGUGACUUCAACGCCACAUCACAAAUCCUUCGGUAUUCAGCCUUGGCUCGGGAGGUCACCGUUCCUCGAAUCCCAUCCGUCUCAAGCACGAUUCUGUCUAGCUCAGCCUCAACUCAAAGCCGUCCACAAACCUCAAACGGCCGAAAUACACCCUAUGCAGCAGCUUCUACAGAAGAUCUUCAGGAGGCUGCUCGGGAAAUUGUCAGAAUCACAGAUGACUACGAGGCCUUGAUUGUCAGGCUUGCAGAGGAGGAGAUAGCCCGUCAAGAGGCAGAGUUGAAACUCCAAGCGGCGGAGGGAAGGUGUCUCAUGAUUGAGCAGGAGAUCCGUGAGGAGUGCUGCGCAGAAAUGGAUGAGAAGAUGGAGGAGGAACGCAAGCGAUGGCAAGAGGCUAUGGACCGACAGGCGGGCCAUCAUGAGGAGCAUCUCGACAAUAAACUAGAAAUAGCCUCUCGCGGCAUUAAGAUCUACGAAGAUCCUGAACCAACAGCUGACGAGCGAGUCGACGAACUUGAGCGUGAAAAUGAAUAUCUAAGAAGCAAAUUAGCCGCUCUAGAGCGUCAACUCAACACCCAAACUUCGCCAACUCGCAAACCAAAACCUCGCGCUGCUCCCGUACGUAGCGGUGGCACAGGAUUUGGCCAGAGACUCGUGAGCGGUGACAGCAGCAGUGAUCUCGAAAACAUGUUUCAGCGUGUAACUGCUUUCAAAGUCGCGGAAACCUACAAGUCGCCUGUUAAGCCCAAGGCUGCCCUGGUGAAUGGUGCCAGAAACCCGAGAAGAGUGACGUCCCGAAAGAAAGAUUUGGGUCCUGAGGACGAUAUAUGACUUUUAAGUACAAAUUGAUUCAGACU